CACACCCAGCUCUUAUUUCUGCUUAGACACGGAGCAGCAAGUAUGUCUCUGCAGCUCUGAUAUAAUUACAUUUUUAAGAGGAUAAAAAGGAUUUAUCAUGACAUUUCAGUGGACAGCCGUUGCAAGUUUUCUGUAUGGGGAAGUAGCUGUACUUCUAAUAUUCUGCAUCCCAUUUAUUUCUCCCCUGAGAUGGAGAAAGAUAUUCAGAUUUAAGCUGUGGAGCAAAGUGUCACCCUAUUGGAACAAAGCUUUUCUUUCAAUUAUAGUUGUGCUGAUUGUUCUGUUUCUCGAUGCCGCAAGAGAAGUGAGGAAGUAUUCUGCAAGUCAGCUGACAGAUAAAAAUGCAAAGCUGUAUCCUAGUUCCUAUGAUCACAUCCACAUGAAACUUUUCAGAUCUCAAAGGAAUCUUUACAUCUCAGGAUUCUCUUUAUUUUUUUGGCUUGUGUUACGUAGGCUGGUUUCCCUAAUUAUGCAACUGGCAUCAGAGAUUGAAGGUAACACUGCUAUUCAAACCCAAGUAGAAAAUGCCAAUGAAACUGCCAAAAAAUACAUGGAAGAUAAUGAGCAAUUGAAAAAGACAAUAAAUAGAGCUAAGAUGGAUGAAGGCAAGUGGGCACUGAAAGCAGAUAAUGAGAAAUUAAAGACUGAAGUUGAACACCUUAAAGUAGAGGUACAAAGAAUGACAGACGCCCUCUCCAAAUCUCAAAAAGAUGCAAGUGCCCUGAAAAAACAGUGUGACGGACUUACUAGAGAAUAUGAUCAUCUUCUAAGAGAGCAUGACAAGCUACAGAAUGCAACAGAUGGAAUACAAAAUAAGAAGGAAGAGUAAUUAAUGUAAUGAAUAUAUAGCCCUGAGAAUGGAUGAGAAUGGACGAGUACCACACUGCUGUCAAAGUCCUGCUAGUUGGGCACUAAAGACUUUUUUCGUACUUAGUGUUAAUAAAGGUAGAUAAACAUGUUUGCCUUCAUGCUACUGGCAGCCUAAGGGCAAUGACACAUGGGCAAUUUGCAGCAUUUUUGAUAACAAGAACACUCCAAACUGCCACCUGUGUCAUUACCCUAAUUAGCAACCCUUAAUAACAUAUUUUAUUUCUAAAUCUAAAUACAGAUUAUCAGGCUGAAAUAACAAAGGGAUAUUUUGUGUGUGUUUUUUUGUUUCUGGUGAAGUGUGGUACAGUUCAGUUUUUUUUCUAAAAAUCAAUUUGUCUCUUCUUUUCUGCUAUUUAGAACUAGAAAUGUUGGACAUUCUUUGCUGAAAAUUAGUGUAUGGAACAGCACCAUUGUUGCCUUUGUAAAUGUACCUGUAUGUUGAUUUUUGUAUAAGCAGUGUGAAAUACAUGUUGAUUGCUAUUUUCACCUAUGUUUUGAAUAUAAUGCCUGGAUACCAUACAGUUUGUCCAGUAAAUCUUUGAUAAAUUUGACUGCACACGUAAUAGUCAAGAUUGAAAUGUGAUCUUGUCUUGAAAGUUGGCAGAAGACAGAAGACCCCAGGAAUUAAAGCUGGUUAAAUAUUAUAUAAAUGUGCCGAAGCAGUAAUCAGCCAAAAUGUUUUUUUUUUACCUGCUUUGGACAUUGCUCACAUUUUUACAAAAGGUUAUUGAUUUGGUCAUUUUGACCCAAUAUUUGGAGGCAUGGUUUCCAUAUUUGCAGAUUUGGUUGAUAGUCUUUGAAUGUAUGUUUCAUUUUAGUUAAUAUAAAAAGCCCAUUUGUUUGAUUAAUAUGCCAUUAUAUAAAUCAGUAUAAAACCCACACAGAAGCAGAGAGUAUGAUUUAUAACUUAAAUGUAGAAGCAAUAUGUUCUUGUGCAGUUAAAAUAAUGAAAACAUUUAUUAUUUUAAAUUAUUUGGUUUUGUAAGUUACUGCAAUUGUGUAGUUUUGUACUCCCAUUUGUAGAGGAUAAUCACACACAGGAUGCUGAUCCAAAAACAGAGUCACAAGGCACCUUAAACCCAUUGACUUGUAUGGUAUAUGUGUAUAUGUGUACUUGCCAUCAGGGAGGGGCAAAUGGGACUUCUUUUAGGGACCCAGUCUCAGUGGGGGAAUGGAGGGGGAAGAAACUAAAAUAGUUAUUUUUUUGGGGACACCAAUCUAUGUAGUUGUAGGGUCAAUCUAUGUAGUUUGCUGUCCAGGACAAUCAUUAAAAUUACAUCUGUAUUGAUUUGUAAAGGAUUGAUAAUUGUGAUAAUUCCAGUGAUCAUUGGACAUGGAUUGGAUAAAACAAUUGUUAGUAGAUCUUCCCAAAACUGUUUACAAGUAAGUUAAAUGAGCGAUGGCUAUGAGGAAUUUUCAAUUUACGUUUACCAAAAAGUUGUCUAUAUUGAAGACCAACAAUUGCAUUUUUUUGGGGUUCUUUAUUAAUGUAUUUAUUUCAGUGCUACCUCUCUCCAGCAUAGAAUUUAACCUGUUAUCUGGUUAGCAGAAAUAAGGUCUGAUUACAGCAUGUAGAAUCAAAUACAUUUGAUGGGUUGCUGUUUGUUACUACACUGGUGCAAAUUAACCUGAGCUGAAUUUGUGAUGUGAAUUUUGUUCUAUUUUCUUUUUGUACAGACCCUGUGCUUGCUACCAUAGCCAUUUAAAUGGCAAACUUGAUAAAUCUGUAGCAAUAUAUUUUAAUCGGAACUCUAAUUAUUGCCAAAUAUUGUAUUUGGAACAUGAGAUAAAUAAGAAAUAUGUUUUAUAUCUAUGGGGUUUCAGAGUUUACAUUUCAUGUAAAAUUAUAUUUCCUGGUCAAUGGGUGCAGUAGUGCAGCUUGCCAUGUUUUUUUUUCUCCUUACCCCAUAACAGAGCAGAAAGAAAUUGUAUCAUGUCACUUAUUAUAUAAAAACUGUUUGAGUCAAAAUAAUGUAAAUGUCAAUCUUACAAGAAUCUGCCGACUGGUGCCAAAACAAUAAUAUUGUAUGAAGCAACAAAUUUUACCAGUUCAGUCACAUUCACAGACUGAAUAUUUGAAAAAAAAUGUGAAUUAUCUAACAGCAAUGUAUAUUUUCACUUUUUAAUCCAUUUUCAUAAUUGAAAGAUCUAAGAAUACAUUUGAUAUAUAUAUCUGCAAUAUAGCUAUUUAUCCAUCACACACUGGUCAUGAGUUGGCAAAAGUAUAAAUUCAUGUUAACAUUGAAAACACCAUUUAUCUUUUGAAGGAAAAUAAACAGUAAUCCAAAUAAUAUAUUUUUUAAUAUGAUAGGAUUGGGGAACACACUGUAGAGGAGUGGCUGUUCAUUCUGUGCAGUAUGUGCAGAUAGUGAUUGUGACCUUUAAGGCUGCUAGACGGUUGUCCAGUCAGGGGCUUAUUGGACUCCAUAUAUAUAUGGAUAACUAUCCAUCUUCACAGUGCACCUAUGCUUUCCUUCUGCAACAGACAUGGAUCAUGGAUUAAAAUGUUUCCUGUAAAAAAAUGAAUAAUGCCAACAAUUCUGUAUAAAAAUCAAUAAAGUUUAUUGUGCUACCAAGUGAAA